AAAAAAAAUUGUGUGUAAGGAAGGAGAAGGACCCUUUAUUUAUUAUUAGUUAAUUUUACCCCCCACUUUUUGCACCUAUAAAUGCAUACUCUUUUUACCUCUCCUCCCCAUUCUCAUGCAUGUUAAGCUUUCACACACACACUCUCUCUAAUUCUUGAAGCAUAUGCAUUAAGGGUUUCUUUCCUUCUUAGACUCUAGUCUCCUCUGUUUCCUUUUUCCAUUUCUUCCCUCCAAAAUGUCCACAACUGUCUCUCAAGGUUUGCAAUCUUGUCUCGAGCCCCCUUUUCUCAAGAACAAAUUUGCUCAAUCAAGAUCCAACCUUUCCGCCAAUUCAAAUGAAGAUUAUUAUGGUGAUAAUGAUGAUAACAAAAACAGAGGCGGCAAAGAUGGAAACUUGGGUGGUUGGAGCUUCAUUCAAGCUCUAACCCACAUAUCACAAACACCCAAAGAAAUCAAAGAGGCUGAAAAAAUCUACAUUCAUCCCAUGACUAAGAAUUCUUCUUCAACUCUCAGUAAGAAGAGCCUGGAAAUGUGCACCGAGAGCUUGGGGAGUGAAACGGGAAGUGACACCGGCGAAAGCAUUGAAGAACUAAUUAUUAGUUCAAAUUUCCCAGUGAUUCAGAGAUCUAAAUUAGUCACUAAUAAAAAGGCUAGUGUCCAAAGAGGAAGCUUUCCUCCUCCUCUAUCUUCCAUAAGAGGGUCAGAAAGUGUUCAAGUGAGGCCUCAUAGGGAAGGGGGUAGAUUGUUGAUCAAGGCAGUGACUGUUAAUUCAAACAAAGGCUAUUUUCAGACAGAGCGUUGUGAUGGGCGGCUUAGGCUCUUUCUCUUCAAAGAAGAUGAAGAUGAUGAUGAUGAUGAUGAUGAUGAUGAUGGAGAUGAAAAGGAAGAAGAAGAAGAAUCUGGGAUUAAUGAAGGUGGGAUAGGAGAGAUUUCGAGGCUGAGCAGGUGCAAGGAAGGUGGGAAUGAGAUGUCAAAGUGGGGGCCAAUUCGGGUGGCCAUUUCCUAAUUAAGAAGACCAAUUCUUCUAUCCCUAGCUAGUUAUAUUAAGAAGAAUUAGCUAGCAUUACUAUUAUUGUUGCUUAAUUAUGUUAAUGUUCCAUUUGGAUUCUCAUAUUUCAGAUCAACUUAUGGGUAGUUAUUAUGGUUAUUGGA